AUGAGAGUAAGGGGCGGAGGUCCGGAAGAGACUGGAGAGGACCGUAGAGUGAGGAGGAACAAGGAAUUGAGGUGUGAGGUCCGAGCAAAUUCUGUUCAAUUAAGCAACAAGAAUUGGAUAUAUAUGAGUAGAGGCAAAAAGGUUGUUUCUUUUCAAGGCUCUGCUGUAAGGUCUGUACAAACAUCAUACCGAAUUUCAGUGCCAGCUGGGAACACAUUUGGAAAUCAAGAAAAAGUCACUUCUUUUAAAUAUAAGAAGACAGUUCCUGAUUCAGAUCCUCCAAGUGACAGAGAUGUUGAGUUAUUGUACCAGGUUUUUGAUCAAAGCACUAAAUUGGUGGUUUUGACUGGAGCUGGAAUUAGUACAGAAUGUGGAAUUCCUGAUUAUAGAAGUCCAAAUGGAGCCUACAGUUCUGGUUUCAAACCAAUUACCCAUCAGGAGUUUGUCCGUUCAAGUCGAACACGUAGGCGAUAUUGGGCUAGGAGCUAUGCUGGAUGGAGACGGUUUCAUGCUGCAGAACCUAGUGCAGCUCAUUGUGCUUUGGCAUCUUUAGAAAAAGCUGGGCGGAUUGAUUUUAUGAUUACACAAAAUGUUGAUAGACUGCACCAUCGUGCUGGAAGCAACCCACUGGAAAUACAUGGGACUGUAUACUCCGUGAGUUGUCUAGAUUGCAACUUUUCCUUUCCCCGGAGUUCAUUUCAGGACCAACUGAAGGCCCUCAAUCCAAAGUGGGCAGAAGCAAUUGAAAGCUUGGAUAAUGUUAUUCCUGGAUCAGACAAGAGCUUUGGCAUGAAGCAAAGACCUGACGGUGAUAUUGAGAUUGAUGAGAAAUUCUGGGAGGAGGAUUACCACAUACCUACAUGCCAAAAAUGCAAUGGAGUGCUCAAACCUGAUGUUGUUUUCUUCGGCGAUAAUGUCCCCAAGGAUAGAGCAGACAAGGCAAUGGAAGCUGCGAAAGGAUGUGAUACUUUCCUUGUACUAGGAUCGUCUCUAAUGACCAUGUCUGCUUUUAGACUUGUCAGAUUUGAAGUUGAAUCUGGGAUUUCUUUAACCUUUUCUUUAUCAUUGUACCCAACUAAACCACAACUGACAAUGAGGCAACGGAAGCAUGAUGUUUCCAGAGCUGCUCAUGAGGCAGGUGCUGCUACUGCAAUUGUAAAUUUAGGCGUGACACGGGCUGAUGAUAUUGUGCCGUUGAAGAUAAAUGCCCGAUUAGGAGAGGUGAAGUCUUCUUAA